GAGCGAGAGACGAGCGGCGCUGCAAGCAGAUAGUCCGAAACCGUGAAGCGUGUUCGUUUGAAGUCUCGAGCUCAGACGUAGCUUCAUCAUGUCCAGCAGCUGCGAAGCCUCGUCGACCUGCCCGAUCCCAAGCCGCUCCAGCUGGCCUCCGCUCCCUGACAGCUACAGCCAAACUCCUGGAGGAACUCUGUUUUCAACAACUCCCGGGGGAAGUCGGAUCAUCUAUGAUCGAAAGUUUCUGCUGGAAUGUCGAAACUCGCCGAUCGCACGCACCCCGCCCUGCUGCCUCCCCCACAUACCAGGGGUCACCAGACCCUCGCUGCAGCCGGCAGAGCAGGAGGAUGACAGCAAAGACCUCGCUGUUGACGACAACCAGUUUGUGAUGGAUAUGUGAUGCAUGUCUCAGCCGGUUCGAGUGCUCGCGAUCUGAGGGAUAAUCACACCAGCUGUGUAUUCCAUCGUUAUUACCUCCGUGCUUUAUUUUUACUUUAUCUAAAUAAUGAAAUGCUCAGAGCAAGUGUUUCUGUUGUGGGCAGGAGCAUUUGAGUGUGCUGGAUGUCAUGGUGAAAAUGCAGCUUCUGCUGCUAUUGAGUUCAGUGCCUUCACCCUUUUUUUUAUUAUUAUUAACAACCUUUCUGAAGGUGACUGUGUGUAAUCUACAUUUUUACUGUCUGAGGAUAGUUCAAAUGCAGUUUUCAUUUUUGUAAUUGAACUAUGACCCUAUAAAGAUCCUUCAAGUCAUAAAAUCCAGAAAUAAACAGUUGGGAUGAUGAUUUUUUUUGUACUGUUUUAUACUGUUCGUUCUCUGGAUGCGUUUUGACGUUUUGGAAUAAAACUUAAACAAAACA